AUGGGUUCUUGGCUUAACAUAGUGCUCAUGUUUGGACUUCUCUUAGUGUCUCUUCAGAGAACCCAAGGAUUCCGUCUUCCUCAAUCCACAAGUGACAAGGAAGAAACGCUGAAGAAACUGACAGACAUAAUUCCUUCUCUGCAAAAGCAUUAUAACACACUCGGAACAGAAUGGGUUGGAAAGUCAGUUUUUGCUUCUCAGCUGGAUCGGCUGAAUUCUAGGGGCUCUUGCACUUGUCAGGCAGUGUUGCUCGAAGGAAUGUUGAACAUUUACGAAGAAAUAUUUAGAGACAUGAGCAACAAGUCUGAGAAAAAAGAAGUGAAAACCAAUCUAACAAACAUAAUGACUAAUGUGACAAAUGUUAGAAAAAAUUACAGUGAAGAACAGAAAGUAUGGAGAGAACUUCAGGAAAUUCACUCAAUAAAGGUGAAGAAUGCUACAAUCCAGAAAGGAGCACUAAAUGAAUUUCUCAUGGUGUUCAAUCUGGCCUACUGA